AUGGCAGACAAAUAUGUGACUGUGGAGCAAAAGGAAGAGAUGGACAGUCUUAAAAAACAGCUCCAGCCCUUUCUUGAGAAGCCAAAGUGCUACUGGCCUCUUAACACCAUGAAGAACAUACACAGAGCAACUAGAGAGAUCAAGGAAACCUGCGCCGCAGCUCUCUAUAACUUGAUGGAAUGGCCAGUUCCAAGAUUCUGCCACAAAGACGGGUUUUAUAAGGGAGACCACAACGUCGACCCCAAAUUCACACGCUCAAAAGACUGGUUCACGGAUCAAAAUUUCAAAAAGUAUUCGACAACCUACACUUACUCCAAUGUUUGGGACAGACUGCCUCUGAAUGUGACAAUCUACGUCCCGGACACCGUUCAAGAAGGAACUAAAGCGCCUAUCAUGUGGUUUUUCCACGGAGGGGGAUUUGUAAGUCAUCGAGCAAAUGACCACAUCCCCUGGUACUCAGCCACCAGCAUAAACAACGCCCGCGCAAACCGCGCCAUCAUAAUCGCGCCCGACUACCCUCUCGGCCCCGAAGCAAACUACGUCGACAUUGUCGAGUCCAUCCAAGACUUCUUGUGGUUUUACAAAAAUAACACAUGCUUCGAGCCCGGCUACCAGGGCAUGAAAUGGACGCAUUGGCUCCUCGACCAAAUCUCUGUUAAAGGCGUCACCCUCGACACAGAACGCGUCUUCGUCGAAGGCGAAAGCGCAGGCGGCAACGCAGCAGUAGUAGCCCUCUUCCUCAACGCCGAUAAAGUUACCGGCACGAAGAUACCCAUCUGCGCCGCGCUGCUGCGCUACCCCAUGCUCGCGCAUUACAAGCGCUCCUUCGACAAACCCACGAUCGGAUACAUGAAUGAGGAGCGCACUAAAGAGGAGGUAUUCGAGCAAGUCCGCCUCAUUCUGAACGAGCGCGACAAACUCCAGGCCAUGGGGUACCUGCCCACACGCGGGAACUCCUCUGCGCCGGAGAAUAUGGCUCCAGCCUUUUUGAUGUCGGUUACACACUCCUGGCAGCCGUCGUUUCAGCGCGUCAAACCUGGACAGUCUAUUGUCUCUGAUCCAUUCGCCAAUAAAGACUGCAUCGAGCGCGCGAUGGAGAGCGUUGGUAGGAUCGACGCCUCGUUCCUUCCUGCUAUGUUUAUAUACCAUGGCGAUAUAGAUAGUAAUUGCCCUCUCGACGAAACGAAGCAGUUUAUGAAGGUGCUGAGGGAGAAUUACCCCACGGCAUAUGCUGGGGAUAGGUUGGUGUUGGAAAUUGUGGUUGGUGAGGGGCAUGGGUUCGAUUACGAGAAGUCUGAGGAAGAGGUGUAUAUGAUGGAGGCGUAUGGGUUUGUGGACAAGCACUGGCUUGGGGUGUAG